UGGAAUUGAGCUGCAGAAACCAGAGAUUGGGCUGCUGAGCUGCACCCUCUGGGGACUCUGCCUAUAAAUUCUGGUGCCCUCCUGCUCCAGGAGCUCCAAGGAGAUGGCUGCCACCAGGAUCUUGUCUUGGAUGGUGAUGGUAAUUCUUCACAUUCAGGUGGAUGCAGUAACAAUAGAUCCCACAACAACUACUGAAUCCACGACUCAAACAACACGUCCCCCAACAACUACUGCCCCCACGACUUUUUCAAUCAUAGUUGAUGAGAUCCUUCUGAGGCUGGGCGAUGGGCCCAACGAGUGCGCAGGCAAUGUGGAGAUCUACUACUUUGGAGGCUGGGAGAAGGUGUGUGGCUACCUGUGGGACAUGCGGGACGCCCAGGUGGUGUGCAGGCAGCUGGGCUGUGGCUACCCUCUCGCAGUCAUGCACCCCUUCCCUCCGGGCAGCUGGUACUCAUUCAUGUUUACCGAGGUGAACUGUACUGGCGACGAGAACUUCCUGUGGCACUGCCCCUACAAAUACCAGCACAAUGCCUGUUACCAUGGAAUUGCUUCUGUCGUAUGCUCAGACUCGGGAAUAACAGUGACUCCAGCAACAGCACCACCUGUCUCCAGAAUGAUGCCCACCACGCCAUGGAAUGCAACAGGGAGUUUCUCCUGUGGUGGCUUACUUCAGGGGUUGUCUGGCACCAUCCAGAGCCCGAGAUACCCCAACCCCUACCCCGACAACUCCUACUGCGUGUGGCGCAUCCGGCUGCGGGACCCGGCCCGCAGGAUCCAGCUCCAGUUUACGGAUGUGGAGCUGGAGGGCAGCAGCUGCUCCUUCGAUGCCAUCGAGGUGUUCGACGGGGGCUCGCCGCAGAGCGCGCGGCUCGGCCUGGUGUGCCGGAGCGACCACCGCGUCUUCAACUCCUCGGGCAGCCAGCUCACCGUCGUGUUCCGCAGCGACAGCAGCGUCACCCGGAGAGGCUUCCACGCCUACUACUCCUCGUUUCUCGCCUUCGACACCACUGUGGCUCCCAAUACUUCUACUCUGUCACCACCCACAGAAUAUUAUUCUUGUGGUGGCUUGCUCUCCUCCUCAUCCGGUACCUUACAGAGUCCAUUUUACCCCAGAAAUUAUCCAAACAAUGCCAACUGUGUGUGGGAAAUACAAGUGAAAAGCAACUUCCGUGUCACACUUGUAUUUACAGAUAUUCAGAUGGAAGGUGGCAGAUGCCUCUCUGACUACGUGGAAAUCUAUGAUGGGCCCCUGCACACCUCUCCUCUCCUUGGGAAGAUUUGCUCUGGUUAUUACCCCACGUACACAUCGUCCUCAAACCUGCUGAGCGUCCGCUUCCACAGCAACUCCCGAUACACAUACAGGGGGUUCCAGGCCAACUAUCAUUCCUCUCCAGCUGAUGACAGCACCACACUGCUGUGUUUGCCAGACUACAUGCACGUGGUUGUGAGCAGAUACUUCCUUCAGUCCCACGGCUACUCUGCUUGGAACCUCACCCUGAACGACCCCUUUUGCACACCCAACAUCACAUCAAAUGCUGUGUCAUUCGACAUUCCGUACACUCGCUGCGGCACUGUCAGAGAGGGAAACAACAACACAAUCAGCUAUUCCAACAUUAUUAGAGGGUCGUCUUCUGGUACAUUAAUCACAAGAAACAGAAAUCUUCUCUUGCAUGUCAACUGCAAGAUGCUGCAGAACACGUGGGCAAAAACGAUGUACGUCGCGGACGACAACUUUGAAGUCAACGAAACUCAGUAUGAGAGAUACGAUGUAAACCUCACAUUUUAUGACUCUUCAAGCUUCUCAAGGCCGGUGUAUGACUCACCCUACCGUGUUGGCAUCAACCAGAAUUUGUUCCUGGAAGCUUCCCUGCACAGCUCUGACCCAUCACUGGAGCUAUUUCUGGACACUUGCGUGGCAUCUCCCACUCGCCACAAUUUUACAACAAAAUCCUAUCCUAUAAUCGAGAAUGGGUGUGUCAAAGAUCCCACCUAUGCUACCUACUACUCACCCUACAGACACAUCCUCCGGUUUAAAUUCAAUGCCUUCCAGUUCAUUCAGAGCAAUCCAGAGGUCUACCUGCAGUGUGAGCUGGUGGUGUGCAGGGCCUAUGACUAUUCCUCCAGGUGCUACCAAGGCUGUCUUCAAAGGUCCAAGAGAGAGGCAAGCUCUGACCUAGAAAGUGUGAUUGUUGUUGCUGGCCCAAUACAGCUUUGGGAACCUGGUUCUGAGACUGGGUCUGAGUAAAGCUGUCUCCUUUGAUGGGUAGCAUCUUUAAAUGCCAAUUGAAUUCUGGAAGAAACCAUGCUGCUGGAUUGCCAGAAACUCUAGAAUAAAUGUUAGGAAUGUGCUGACUGACUCAUGCUUGUUAAUCCCACUUCCUCUCAUUCAUCCCCAUAUAACAAAAAUGCCCCCUCAGCAGUUCUAUGGGGAGUGAAAUUUGUGAUCUUUAAGCUUUUUGUUUGUUGUUUGCUUUCUUAAUG